CCGGUCGCUCUCACCGAGUUUUACUCACCGAACGACAGACUCGUAGAAAUAGGCAAACCGCAGCAAUAUACCGAGGCAGCUCAACAUUUUCCUUCAUCGUUUAUCAUAACACAUUUUCCACUGUGAUUGAACGCAAGCUAAAGCUGCGAUCUCGUCGCGCGUGGUGGAGCCGCCUGGUUCCAACAUAAGUACAUGUGAAAAAGUCUAUAGCCAACACAAACGAGAGUGUAUAGCCCUCAUCACCCAUCGUCCGUCUGGUGCAAAGCUCUCCUUCCUGGUGCGUUUUGUGUGUUUUCCUGGUUAUGUUGCGGAGGCUGCAAGGUUUGCCUUGUUGAGAAAAAUUUUCUCGUUUCGAUGGCUUGCGGAAAACUUUGAAAAGAAAACGAUAGUGUAGUGUUAUUAUGUGAAAGUAUUGAAAACAUUUGCAGCACAUAUUUCAGCUAGUGCUCCUGGUUUUUUUUUCGCUCGUUGAUAAACAAAAGUUUGUGAGACUUAGCUCCAGCAUCUAUGUCAACUAGUGCUAGUUAGGAUUUCGAAUUAUAUCCCCUGUAGAAUAAUCCUUCCAAAGGCUUCAAGGGUGAAAAUAAUCUAUAAGAAUUAAUUUCGCAGUUGAAAGCGAAGACAGUUAGCGGUGAUCAACAAAUGAGUUAGUUUCGAUGGAGAAUAAGUAGGUAGUACGACCUUAUGUGAAUUACAAUCGAUCCUUCAAAAAAGCUGCGAACAAAAAAAUUAAUGAAGUUGUUCCCUUAUUCCUCCGCAGUUCAUUUUUUUGGUCAUAUUUUUGUUUGACAGUGUUUUGUCCGAUAACAGCACAAAAAAUAACCUCUGCUUGUUUACUGCGAAAGAAACGGUGUAAGCUAACUUGGCCCGCAGAUAUUAGCUUUGAAAAAUUCUCGGUAGAAAUUUAAAAGGGGCAUCCCUGAUUCGACGGUGUGUGCUAAUGUUUAACUGUGCUUAAACUUGAUCUGUAUCUGUGUCAGCAGUUGUUUCCAGACGUGACUUUAACCACAUUGGGUGAGCCGCAGAACAAAGCAAACGGAAAAACGAGCGAGAGUGAGAGAUAGUGCUUUCCCGAGCGAAACACCUCUAUCCCUCCCUGAGCCGCGAUUGCUGUUGCUAAUUUACGCACAGAGAAGCCUUGCUUCUACUGCACCGCAAACCUCGGAAGAAAAUCAGGAUAUCAUAUUUAUCAACGAAGUGGACAAAAAUGUCGGCAAAUGAUGCAAACUUUAUGUUGUUUUCCAACAUUAGCGAUUGUUCCUACGUAUCAUGUUAUUGCGAGGAAAACGUAUGGAAGCUGUGCGAGCAGGUAAAAAAAGCACAUCCGUCGGAGCUGCCGAAAUGUUACGCUGUAUUCGUGUCGAACGAGAGGAGAACGGUGCCUCUGUGGAGACAGAAAGCCGGCCGCGGUGAUGAAAAGCUAGUGAUAUGGGAUUACCACGUUUUCUUCAUGCACAACCCGUCGCCAAAUCGGUGUUUGGUGUUCGACCUGGACACCACUCUGCCUUUCCCGACCUAUUUUCACAAGUACGUCACGGAAACGUUCCGCUCGGACUAUGCGGUGACACCCGAGCAUCAUAGAGUGAUACCAGCCGAAAAGUACCUGGCGGAGUUUUCGUCAGACAGAAGACACAUGCGUAGACCGGACGGUUCCUGGAUCAAGCCACCGCCGUCGUAUCCUCCUAUUCAGACCAACAAUAACACUCACAGCCUCGACGAUUUUAUCUGCAUGAAACCAGGCAAGGGACCUGGCAGUGUGUACGAUCUGCUGCACUUCGUGCAACAGUUCUAUAAGCCUCCCGACCGAAAUAUCACAAAAACUCAGAACUAAAUUACGCUUAACGAAUUGAACCGUGGACCUGCCACUGUAUGUUGAAAUUUGCUGGAGUUGAAUAGAAAUAAUCGACAGAGACUUUGGCUAAUGUCUCUGACGGCCGCUGUCCUGGCCAAAAAUAUGCGAAAUGUGUUUUAAUUAUAAGCGACGUGAGACUUUCCAUGUUUUGGCUGGUGGCAGGGAUAAUUAUUUUCGCCAGUUGGGGAAAAAUGGCCUCUCAACCCAAACAGCGACAGGGAGGUGCCGAUGGGAAGCAGGUUUGCUGGAUUGAACGGUCGUACAUUUUGCUAGUGAAUAAUAGUGUAAAUCAAACAAUUCAUAGUUAAACAGAUUUACGACAAAAAAAAAAGAAGAAACACAGAAAUCGAUUCAAAAUUUUAUGAAACAAAACAUAUACCUAUUUCAAUGUAAGUGCGUCCAGAAACAAAGCAGAGCAAGUGUGGAAUCAGAUUCGAACGUAUGUUUUAGUGUUAUGGGUAUGCAAAGUAGGAAUGCCAUCAGUCUAAUAAAUCUUUAAACGGUUAAAAUCGCUUAUGACUAUAUAACAGUACAGGCAAAUGUUGCAUUUAUAAAACAUCCCAAUGGUUUUAAGUUUUCAAUUCAAAAGUGACUGCGAGAAAGAGAGCGAAGAGUUAAAUUAGGAAUCGAAACGCAUUUCCAAAUAACUUUGAUGUGCACAAAUCUUAUCGUGUUAAGCGAAAAACAAAUUUAACCUACGAAUAAACUAUUCUUUAUUGGUAUUUAGCUAAACUUUAAAAGACAAGAAUCGUUAUCAGGGCGCUUUCUGUUUAUGAGUAACCUAGAAUAACGUAAGAGACAAAUGGGUGGCUACGAGCAGUAAAUUCGAACAAAACUACUACAAUGUGAUAUUAGUUAACUAAUUCAACUCAGCCAAUUUCAACCAAUUCUGAUUUACCUUAACCGAACCGAGUGUAUUGCGGAGUGUAUUUCCCGGAAAGCAAUUAUUGGCAGCAGCAUUUAGCUGUACUCAUGCUCAUGUUGUCGCACUCAUUAUUUGUUCCUUUGUUUACCUCAUCGUGGAUGUACAUCUCAUCGUAAUUUUAGUAUGACAUGCGAGAGGCGUCUACUAAUUAGACCCAGUCCAUGCGUGCGCUUUUCGUGCGUUGUUUUAUGCUGUCAUGUGUAGUAAUUGUUGUUUUGGGAACUUCUAGUCUGGUUCAUUCCGGACUCGGUAAUUGUGGACAGUAUAAUGAUUUGCACGUAAUUUGCGUGAACUACUGCAAGGAUCAGCAUAGUAAUGCACCUGAAAUGGUCGAAAAUGAUUGUUGAAGCAACAAAUGGAUGUAAAUGAUGUGCACUCGUUUUUCUGAUGCUUUGGCAAACUAUCAGUUGAUUCAGAAAAUGUAAAUAUUUUUCAAUCUAAUCCGUGGUGAUUCCCAACCGAAUGUUGAUGAGACUAACGUACGAGGAAAAAAAUCCGAACAAACUUUCAAUUCCAAAUUAAAAUCUUGCGCAACUUAUUUUUCUAUACUUGUUUGUUUAUUCAAGUAAUGUAACUCAUUUACAAACCUCAUAGAAAAAACUCAGCUCCACAACGCGCUGAUUUCCUGAUUCUCUAGGGUACUUGCUUCAUAGCUUCCUGAAUUCCGGAUGUUUCGAUUGUUUUGAGCUCCAUCUUGAUUUUUCUAUCAAACAAUCGACGUUUUUUGUUCUGUAACCUUUAUGGUAGACCAUUCGCUUCAAAUUUGCUCAGAAAGUUUCAAUAGACUGCAGCUGUGGCACAUUUUGAGGAUUGUUUCCUUUCGGAAUAAACCCGAUAUUGCCUUGCCGCAAAUUCGCUAAAGUUGCAUUAGCAUAGUUUGACAAUGCAAGGUCUGGCCAAAACACUUUGUAAUUUUUAUGGUACUUAUAUUUAAAGUUUUAAACCUAUUUCAUGCAGAUACUUGUUCACCGUUUUUGAAUCAAUCGAAUAUUUAUUGCCCAGCUCACGAUAUGAUUACGCCGACCGACCAGGCGUUUCCGCCCUUAAUUUCGCUCGAACUUUGCACUUUUGCAAAGCGCAUUUUCGUCCGGAACCAGAUUUUUAUUCGACGGUAUUUUCAUUCUCGAAGAGUUUGUCAAUAAUGUGUGUAACUGUUUUUAUCUAUAUCCAAGAUCUUUAGAAUAGUGGAACACUUCAUUUCUAGAUUUUUCUUCAUUUCGCUCACAAAAAUUGCAAAUCAAUUUACGACGAUCUUCUUCCGACCACGCCUUUUUCCCAACUAAUCGUCACUUGACAGAAUCGACUAGUCGUGUUACCAGUUAUAUAAAAGUGGAUCUUCAUUUUGUGGAAAAGGAUUUUUCGAUUUGUGCAGCACUUCAAAAUCGUAGACCAAUUCAAAAGUUGUUCGGAUUUGUUUCCUCACACGUUAAUGAAUAUGGAUAGGGUAUUUUAAAUGUUUGUUCAUUAUAUUUUUAUUUUAGAGACAGAUGCUUGUCGUGCCGAGCAGAGCUAUGAUGGUCGCGAAGUUGAAAGCAGUUUAAUGAUAGAAUCAUAAAAUCAUUGUGCAAAGAUUCGGUGGGCUGAUCAUAAAACUUUGUGCAGAGAAGGCUCAUUUUUAUUUUUCUAGAUUUUCCAUAGUCAAUGAAUGAGCAAUUAAUGCGUAUUCAAUUUUAACUGGAUUUACAAAUUUAUUCUGGAUACUCACUGCUUCACAUCGUGUACGUUUUUUUUGCGGUAAUGUUUUAACCCUCUAGUGCCCAAGUUCGCCUUUGGACGGGCUUCGGUAAAAUUAAUAUAAAUCUUUAUUUAAACCCCAAAAAAGUUUAUAAAAAUUUAUAGUGAUUUUACCGAAGCCCGUCUUAAGGCAGGUUUGGGCACUAGAGGGCUAAAGACUCUUGCCGUUAUUCAUAUAUUCCUGCAUCUCUGAGCGAAGUGUCCAAACGAAUAUCUUUUGAAGCCAGAAUUGAGAGUUUGGGAAUUAUCAUCACUCAAACCAGAAUUAUUCAGGCAUUACUAUUCUUGUUUGUGUAGGGUUUAUGAGAAUUACUACAUCAUCACAAAGUACAACUUUGGGGGUCAUCCACAAAGUACAACUUUGGGAGUGAUCCACAAAUUACGCAAUGACUGUUUUCAAUUUUCAACCUUCCAUAUCGUAAAAUUUCUUAUAAUCCUCCUCCCCUUCCAAUUUUAAUAAUAUUAAGAAAAAAAUAAAAUUGAUUAUUAUAUAGUAUAAUCAUUAUACAUAGUCAUUGGGGUGGGUCAAGGUAAUCGAUCGAAAUAAUUCUAAAUAUGCCGAAAGUGAAUUGUUUUUGACUUCGCUUGGUGCAUUGCAUUUCAAAUUAGUAUGAAAAUUCGAAUGGGGCAACCUAUAUUUUUGCCUUUUUCUUCCUAGAAAGUUCAACAAUGCUUUGUUAAUGCACUACAUUACGUGUAAGUAUCCGGACGAACACAUAAGUUCCGCCGAAAUUUUCUGAAAAAGAAUCUUCAGGAUUGUCCUGUCUUUGAUAACAGUAUUCUUGAAUGAGAAUCAUGUGAUAAGAAUUCGUCGAAUUCGAAAGCUUUCACUUGAAAGGAUUCUUAGAAUUGGAAACGCCCGCAGGGACACAUAAAUUUCGGAUAGAUUCCCUAGGAUUAUUCACAUAGGAAUCGUGAGCGUCCUCUGAUUGAAAUCUGCCUGAAGUUGGCACACUGGUAGUGUUCAACUUGCUCAACUUGGAACUGCGAUAGCAUCUUAUAAAGACAUUCUAGCUCCUUAGCUUCUAUACAAAUCUUCAUAAAAAUUUGAAUGCAAUGUGACAAGCGGAAACAAAAGCGAUCGACUUCUGGUAGGUUUAGGAUUAUUCUGGGCCCCAAAAGGAAGUUUCAAUUUAUUCAUAUAACGAUGACACACUCUCAUAAUCAUUCAGUUGAGGUGUCAUCACAUCAGCGAUAUUUUUUUUGUCCAUUUUGUGUUUUUUAUUUUAAUUUUUGAAACCUACGUCCCACUUUUACAAUUAUUUGUAAGAUAUUUUAAAAGAUAUUUUUUCAUAGUUGCAAUACUCUUUUCAUUAUAGCAACGAAAAUAGCGUGACAGCUGGUAAAAAUUUGGCCUAUGUAUGUAUAUUUUCUGCUCAACAGUAUAGACAAAUAGUAAAUAAUCAUCGAAUAUAUUUUUGCUGGUAACAGUAAAUAUAAACUGUUUUCUAGUGAAUAAUAAACUACGAAAACAAUUGUUUUAAAUCAGUUUAAUUAGAGUUUUUACGUUUAAUUUGCGAUUGUCGUUCAUUUAUCAAUUAUUGUAAUUGGGCAGCAGAGAUUUCGAUGGAUUGUACGGGAAAUACACGUGCCACACAUCGGCGUUCGGUUUCGGUAAUCACAGAGGCUACAGCUCUUCCUUAUACGUUGUCCAAUGAACCCUGAUGAGCAAUACUUUCCUCAGACUACAUGUAUUUAUUAAUUUUUGUUUCUACUUCAAUCGAUUACGCAGCAAAAAUCCAUUAAAUGUUAGCUUAGCGUUUAUAAUAUUGGUAUUAGUUAGAUUGUUGCUGCUCGAAUAGGAAGAUCUAUCGGGUACGAAACCUUGUAAUCGUUGGUUGGGACAAGUACCAUAUUAUUUACGAUAUUCUACACCGCCUUCUGAAGCAAAAAUAACAAACGACAGCCAAAUUUUGAAAUAGUGACACAGAAGAAACAACCCAAGAACUGAUAGACGUUAAAUGCGUUUACGCGUGGAAAAAUCAGUAGAGUCAUCAACAUUUCGAUGUCAUCAAGCUAGAUGAAGCAUGUUAGUUUUACCUCAAAAAAAAAAAAAAAAAUUGUUACUAUUUUCUUCUAUAUCUUACUGUUGAGUAUAUCCUAAGAUUUUUCUCCAAAUAUUAAUAUUGAAAUCAUUAUUUAUAUCCCCUAGAACUCUAAAGGUAAUAGCUAUAUACUUUAUACAUAUAAAUUAUAAGAAAAUAUAUCUUUUUCCCUGCUAGUUCCAGCAGUGUAAUGCACAAGUCGAAUCUUAGUUCGAAUUAAAUAUGCUACUUCACCUUCGGUGAAAAAACCGACAGUUUAAAGUCAAAUAAUUUGGCUAACACCUGCACACAAAACAAUCCAUUAAACCAAGAAAAUUUUUAUAUUCACUAGCUCCGUAUUCGGGAAGCUUUACCGGCUCACGCAUAACUUUUUUCCAUGUCGCUUACUUUCCAUUCGACUCAGACUCGUGUAUGAUUUGCGAUCCUUUGAGUAGUUUCAUUAAAAAGAAAACGAACGUUAACAUUUAUUGAAGGAAAAGAAAAAACAACACAAUUAGAAAAAAGACAACAACCGCAACAACAACUCAGCACGGAAAUGCUAACUAGAAAGAGUCAUGCCUAAUAGUAACAUCAUUCUAUUGGAUGAACAUUAGCUAACAUUUGUACGACAGCCUUUUCUCGACUUUACGUUAUCUUUCGAAGAUACCUAGUUCAAGUGGUUUUAAAUGUGCUAUUGCAGAAGAAUGAUUGAGUUGACGUAUAGGUUUAGAGUACCAUAGAAAAAACCGAAAUUGGCGGAUUUGCUGGGCCCGUCGUAACUAAGCUGAGAGCUGAGAUGUGACGAUAUCGUGUUGGUAAUGCAUUGUAAUAGUUUAUUGAUUAAUUUUGUAAGCUUGGUUCAAUGUGUCAAACCAACGUCUUGAAAUUAACAAGUGUCUUUUUUUAAUCCCUAUAAAGAAGCCGUAACAUAAUAAACACAAACGUUGUAAAUUUUUUUCGGUGGUUUUCAACGAAACAAACUCUAGACGAAUAACGCGGCUAGAAAUUCUCGGAAAACAAUCUCAGGCAGAGAACUGCCUGCGAGGUUAUGUGCUGCAAAUUGUUAAAAAGCUCUGCAUUUGUGUGAAAAGCUUGAUGUGAAAUAUUUCUGCGUUGCCUGAAAUGUUUCAACAAGCUGUCUGCUUCUAGUGUUGUCACAUCUCAGCUAAGGAUAUUAUAAAAUUAAUAAAAAACACUAUGCAUUAACAUUAAUAUAAAUUAUAAAAUUUAGACAUUAUAAAAGUAAAAAAAAAACAAAAAACAAAAAAUGAGAUCUCAAUCGGCAAACCGACCCGAAUGAGUAAAUAAGAGAAUAAUGUGAUUGCAAAUAGUCUUGUGGUUUACUGUAGUUUGUUUUUAUUGAAGUAAUGGUUUUAUCAAAUCAUUUUUUAUACGAAUAUAUGAACAAAUAAGAAAAUGGUACUUAUAUUUACAAAACCAAUAAUCAAAUUGAUCUAUGGCGGAGGAAAAAAAUGACUCAAGUAUGUAGAAUUGCAUUUGCAAGUGAAUUAAAUAAAGCGUGAAACCUUUUCUCUUUACCGUUUUGACAAAUACCUAAACAAAAGUAAAUUAAGACGGAGGUCUAAACCCGUUGUCGCACUUUUUACGGAUUUAAAUUUUUCUCACUCUUAUACAAGUAUACUUCAGAUCAAUUUAUCGCCAGUUCCAAAUCCGACAUAAGGGGAAACACCCUAGAACAUUUUCAACGAAUUCAAAUCUGAUUUAUUACGCAUACAUACAAUACAUACUUUAUAAUCAUAUGGCAAAACUGGUAAAGACUUUUGUCCGAGGCACCGUCUUGCAUUAGUAGCUGUACAAUAUUGAAAUGUUUUGAUAUCAGCAUAAACUCAGAAUUCACUUCUAAAUGAGCACCUAUCUUUAAUCCUACGAAAUUCUUCAUUUAAACAGUACCAGUAGUCUACUCUAAGAAAUACAUCUACUCCUGUAACAGAAUGAUAUAAACUACGCUAAGCUUUACUUUGACAUUUGAAGUUGGUUUUUUACAAAUUCCACUUACCACUAGGAUGAUGAGCCUAGAUUUACGCAAACCUGUUUAGGAUAAUAAAAACGUUUUGAUGUGCAUCUUGUAAUCCCAAAAAUACUUACAAAAACAUGUUUGAUUCUUAGCAAAAUAUAUUAUUACCAAUCACAACAAUUCGAAUACCAUAAGAAUGUUACGAAGAGUAAAUUGUAAUCAAUUUAUUGCAUUUGAUACUGCUAACUAAAUGCAAAUAAGGACACAACACAGCAACAACAACAAAAACAACAACAACAAAUAAACAUUCAUUGAUAUCGGAGACCAAGUACCCGUAUCGAAAUCAAACACUAAAAACAAAUGAAAGUUUCAAUCGACAUUAAUGUCCUAGUAACAAAAUUACGUUAAACUACCGCAAACUUAAAUCGAGCAAAUCCGCGAAUAUGCGAAUGUGGUUUUCGAUUUUCUUUUGCACGUUAUAAAAUAAUGUGGAUACCAGAAGGAAGAAGAAAUUGACCUAGAAUCGAAGACGCUGGCGCUAGAGUAACAGAGUAAAGCCGGGACGGUAUGAAUAGAAGAUUUAGAUUGAAAAAAGGCGAUGGACGAGAGAACGAACGACAGUUUCACGAUUUCCAGCAAUCGUGAUUGCUUCAAUAAUGGUAUUAUAUUAUAUACAGAAA